UCACCUGCUCGUGCUCCACCUCCAACACCAGUUAACCGAUCACCUCCUCCUACCCCUAUUCAGUCUAGUGGUGGUGGAUCGAUUUUUGGAGGCAUUGGUUCAACCAUAGCUCAAGGAAUGGCUUUUGGUACUGGAAGUGUUGUGGCUCACAGAGCUGUGGAUUCUAUUAUGGGUCCCCGCAUAAUUCAACAUGAGACUAUUGGUGUUGCUAUUCCAGAUGCCUCUGUUACAAACACCUCAGUCUCUGAUUCUUGUGGCAUGCACUCCAAGGCAUUCACAAAUGUAUGUCUACAUUCUAAUUGCUAA